AUGUCGAUCUGCGCACAUUGCCGUCUAGCCAUCCGCCAGGCUUUCCGCCGGCCCCGUGUCGUUGUUCCCCGAAUCGUCUCCUCAACUCAAGCAGUGGCCGCAAAGCUCUCCACGACGUCCUCCUCCUCCCCCUCCAUCGCCGCCGUCCGCAGUAUGCUCUCGUCAGAUCCUGCGUGGUCUACCAGCGACCUCCACGGGGACCAACCCGUCGAACCUAUCCCUCGCGCCUUGCUGCACCAUUUGCUGCGCCUCGCCGCCCUGCCGCGACCCUCGUCGCAGACGCACGAGGACGCCAUGAUAGCGAUGCUACAGAGCCAGCUGCAUUUCGUACGCGCUGUCCAGCGCAUCGACACGACCAGCGUCGCGCCCCUGAGCGCCAUCCGUGACGAGACCGAUGCCGCCAUCGGCGAGAACACUGUCGGGUUGGACGACCUGCGGCACGCACUCGCCGAGGAGGAGCUUGUCGGUCAUUACAAACGGCCCAGGAGGAUCAGACAUCAGGUUCGGUCGGAUGCCGAGAAGUGGGAUGCGCUGUCUACGGCGUCGCGCAAGGCCGGCAAGUAUUUUGUGGUAGAGAGCCCGACCAGGGAUGCGUAG